AGCGACCCUUCCGAGCACUGCCACACCAGUAUUAACAACGCCACAACGCCGAAAAGGUUCUUUCUCGCAAGAGAACAUAGUCUAGCCCUCUGCUUGCGUUAUCUCUCUUCGCCCGACCCCGCGCCUCCAACUCAAUAUCGAUUGUCCUUUACACCAUUACAAAAUUCAUUCAGCAGGCAAGCGCAAGACUUUUGAAAACCAAGAAAAUAAAAACCCAUGGGCGGCAAGAAAAAGAAGCCCACCGGGCCCCCGCCGGUGUUCGCGACCAGCAGCGUGAAGUCCAAAAAGAACAUCGAGGACGAGGCGAAGGCGAUCGAAAAAGCCAAGGAGGAAGAGGAACUUCGAAAAGAGCACGAGCGCCUCGCCGCGGAGGAGGCGGCAAAGAAAGCCCUUCUCGGCGACGACGCCGAUAGCAAAACCCAGCAGGGAACCGGAAACGACAAAGGCGGCAGAAACGCAGCCGGCCAUCAACAACCCGGCGACAGAGCCAAUGCGGGCCUUCUUUCCGUCGAGGAGCUCUACGCGCAGCGGGAGACCGAGGAAAUUGCGAAACUGGAGAGCGGCACGAAUUCCCGACUGCAGCGCGGCACGCACCUGCGACCGGCCGGCGCGGUCACGCUCAGCUCCGAGUUGGAAGCAGGGCUGUUUCGAUUUUUCUUGGAACAGGGUGAGAAUUUGAACGGCAAAUCAAGAACCGAAGUAAACUCAGCUGUAGUUGUGACUCCCACUUCCGGCUGCACUGAUGUCCGCACCUUCGACCCCAUCGUCCGCAGCCUGUACUUUCCCGACGCGUAUCGAAUCAAGAAGAUGACGUA